AUGUCUUCAUCACCCGAGCCACCAUUCACCACAAAAUCAAGCACUCAUGAGUUGCAGCUUCCCUCAACACCAAACUCUCAGGGAAGGGUUCCAUGUUCCUGCUUGACUUAUUCAGGCCCAAAUGGUACCAUUGAGUCUAUCAAGGGUAUUGAUCCCGAGCCCUUCGUGCUUCAGCGAAAUGACGUUGCUAUUUCUCCUCCGAGCUCCCGCGAGCUUAGGGAUCCUAGGCUAUGGGAUAAUCUCGUUACACAGAACAGCAUUACGGCUCAACCGACUGGCUCUAUUAACCCAUGUGCGGCCAAAUGCAAACCUCCCCGUUCGUCUCGUAUUUCAUCGAGCAAGAGCAAGACUGAUCACAAAUACGGCACCUUCAAAUGUGAAUGGGAAGGCUGCAGCUAUGACCGUAUGUUCUCACGCAAAGGAGUCUUGAUGCGGCAUAUCGCGAUGCAGCAUGUCAACCCACAAUCCUUCAAGUGCCCUUCCUGUGACCAUGCUACAAGUCGGCGCGAAAACUUGAAAGCGCAUAGGCUAGCAAUUCACAAUGAACGCUUGUGA